GCCCCUUCUGCUUCUGGCGUGUGCUCUUCGUCCCCCCUUUGGUUCCUUUUGUUUUCAGGGGUGUGUUUAAUUGUAACCAAGUGUCUCGUUUAUUCGAUUUAGAUUAAGUGGAGAAACACCGCGAUCCGCGUGCCACGAGUGCGUUUUCUCAUCCAUGAAUCGCCGGUGGUGUGGUGUGGUGUCUUCGAAGAGGAGGAGUCCUCGCUGGCUCGCUGGGAAUUACGGUGUCCAAAUAAUUGCCAAAAUUAAACGUUCUAUUUUCGCGCGAGCGAGCAAGAUCACGGGAAUCUCGAAAAUAAAGGAAAUUUCCGGCGUGCAUGCGUCGCGAACAUUCUUUCGGCCGCGUUUGCGAGCGAACGGCUACCAACUAUAGCCUUUCUUUUCUGCAACGCAGCGACGCGCGAUCCAUCCGCGACGUAUGGAUGCGUAAUUAUCAGGGAACAAUCGAAAUAGCAUCGUCGGUGGCCACCGACGAAAUGUUGGCAACGACAUUGACACUGCUAUUGCGAGCGCGAAAAUAUUUGUCGGGCAACCAGUUAAUUUCUAGCCGUCCAACGGUAGAGUCACGACGAACCUCGGAACGCGAUAUCCUCGUUUUUUUCCCGUCUUCUUUUUCUCCACACGAAUAUAUAUCCCCCGGUGACGUCGAACAGGAGCGUCUCGAUAUUCCAAGUGUCUUCGAUGCGAGUCUUGGAGGUCCCAUCAAGAUGAUCCGGCGAUUUCUAAAACGAUUUUACGAGCCGAUCGACCGAGCGGAAACCAUUUUUCUUCGAAUGAAGAAUUUAUCUGUGAUGUUGAAUCAAAUUGUAUUCCUAGCGGUGGCCGAUCGUGUUCUGAUAACAGAGCCGAAAAUGACGUGCCUUUACACGUUGAUGUUUUACAAUGUGAUUACUUACUGCGUUAGUUACAUCAAGGAACUGAUCGAGAAAGAAGAUUGGUCACCGUACGUGACACUCACGGAAAGAUCCAACAUAAAGCAUUUAGCUAUGUCCGCUACGAAAAUAGUACUCGAAUGGACCAAGGCCGUUACCUUUAUCGUAACGAUAACAUUUAUGCUUCUCGUAUUUGGUUUGGAGCAGGGUCUUGAGAAUUACAAGCCAUCGGCAUCUUACACAGUGAUAACAUGGACUUAUUAUUCAGCGACGGAGAAAGUUUUCGCCGAGAUGUUUCCGUCGAUUUUGAAGUUCUUUCAAUCAGAAACUUUCGAAAGUAUGGAAGAACUUUACGCUCCUGUAAUAUUAAGGAUAUUCACCAUCGUUACGUCCGCCUUGUUUAUCUUGAUACUCGUACCGGUGGCAUCCUGGAGGUUUCUGCUCGUCGCUACCUACCUGAACGUUUAUUUGCGAUUGAAAGAUCUCGUGCAACAAUCUGGAGCGACGCUACAACGCGAACGUGAAAUAUUGAAUCGUUAUAGGAAGGCUACGCGCGAGGAAAUUGAAGAAUUUGACGACGUUUGCGCUGUUUGUCUUUGCAAUAUGACCAAGGCGAGGAUAACACCUUGCCAUCAUCUUUUCCAUGCAGACUGUUUACGGCAAUGCCUCAAAGCCAGCGACACGUGUCCUACAUGCAAAAGAGAACUGAUACUCGUACGUUGACUGGCUUGUUGUAUCGUGUCAACUAAGAUUUUGUUACUUUUACACUUUCCAAUGAAUUCUCUGGUCUAGGUUAACAAGAUAGAAAUUCACUUAUUCAUGUAUAACCAUUAGUUAAGUCAAGAUGUUUUUAUUGUAUAUACUUUGAUGACAUACUCAGUAUUAUUUGUGUAUGUAUACACCAAAAUAUAUUACACGCAUGCAUACCUAUGUAUGUGUAUGAAAAUAACAGAUUAGGUCUAGAACCAAUGCUGUAUUUACCGUUUUGAUUAAAUAACAUAAAAAGC